AAGCUCGAGGUUUCAGUAAUGGCGAGGAGAAGGCGAUCAGCAUAUCGGCUGCCGCCGGCGAUGCCCGGCGCGCUUACCCGCAGGCAAUCUGAGGACUUAGUUCACCGCACUCGCUCCGGCCGUGUCCGCCUCUACCCUGUGUCCCAUCUCAAUGACCUUGCCCUAGCAAAUCCUCCAUCCAAUCCUUCCGAUCGUCCUCUGGCCGGCAAUGUCUGCUGCUCGGAAUCCAUCUCCGUCAAGGAUCUCCGCUCCCAUAGAGUCUUCUCUCCCGCCUCCACUUCAUUUGAUAACUCCAUCAAUGAUCAGAUCUGCGUAGCAGGGAAAGAAGUGGUUGGAGAUGUUGGCGAUCGAUCUGAUGGAUUGGAGGAUGGCUUGAUCCGGAGCACGGCACCUGAUUCUGAGUUUUCAGAUAAAUCGAGUAUCUCCAAGGAUGGGGUUGGUGGAGCGGUGAGGGUUUCUGGAGAGGAAGGAGCUCGUCGACCGCUGCUUCGUUCGAGGAAUCAACCUAACAAGCGAUUGGGGCUUGUUCCUUGCUCGCGAUUGAAGCUUUAUGGAAACCCAAACUCCUUUAGCUACAAAAGAUUGCUCCCAUUUCUCAUGGAAAUGGAUAAUUCAAAUGAUGUCAAACCCUUCAUUGCUCCAGAUUAUCCUAUAAAGAAUCCUCCAUCACAUAAAGAAAAUUCCUUCACGGAAGGAAAGCAUGAAGUUCAAGGCAUUGGAGAAUCUUUGAAUACUCAAAUGAGUUUUAAUUCAAAUGCUUCUGAAAGACAUGUUAGUGAAAACCACAACUUGAGAACUCUUAAUGUUGCCGAUCAUAAACCAACAAGAUUAUCAGCACUGAUUGAUGAAAGGCAAGGGGAAAUUAAUGACAUGAAACCAAGGGCUACUCGAGAAGGUGGUAGUUUUGAGUUGGAGCUUAUGGUCAGAUCAUUCCAUUUGCCACCAGACAGGCUCCAAGUGCUAGCAAUUAAGGAGCUGCAUGGUAGUGCCCAAGCACUUGCAGGUCUGACAAAGAAAGUCGAAGAAGAUUGCCAAAAAGUGAUAUCAUACAUGGAUAAGAUCCCUCUUGCAGAUACUUCUUCACAUGGAGGUCGCUUUCCAGUGGGACAGAAUGUUCUUGCUCCGAAACACGGUAUUUUGAAGAGCCAAGCGGGUGGAUGUCGAGGCCCCUGCCCGUGUUUGGAUUGUACUACUUUUCUUAUUCAUGCCGAGAAGGCAUUUGAAUUCUCCAAGAAACAGAUGCAUGGAGCAGAUGAUAUCAUAGUAGGGCUAACGAAGGAACUUUCACACCUAAGGAGUUUAGUGGAGAAAUCAGUGGUUAAAGUCGAAGACAAAAAAUACAAUUCAGGCCUUCAGCCCAACGAGGAGCAGAUGAAAGAAGCCUGCCGAAGAGCACUCAAAGCAGAGGAGACAGCAAGGAGUCUCUUGAGCCAAAUGUUCAAUGACCUCAACGAACAUUGCCGAAUUCCUGGGCGACGGGUGACAUUUGCGGAAUGCAUUGAACAGAACAACCAACAAUGAUCUAAAAUUUAGUUUUGAUUAGAUGAUUGUCUUAAAUGUCUCUAACGCAACUUCUGUUAUUUCUUGCCACUUCUUGUUCUUAAGUAAUGAAAAAGCUUGAUCUCUUUCAGGAAAUGAAUAUGACUAACUUAAAAUAGUGCCUGUUAAUUUGUACUUUUUAUAAAAGCAAGGAGACUGAGGAACCUUCCUUGAAUUACUCCAAGUUUUUGUAAAUUUUAUAUGAGAUUUAUUAUUGUUAUUUUUUA